AUGGCACCAGCUCACCUUCUCUCCUCCAACGACGCCACUGUCCUUGAGCAAAUCUUCGACCCAGAAUCUGCUCCAACCCCUUCUCCAGUCACAAUCGACCGUUCUCUACCCACAUUCCCUCACAUCAAAGUCUACAGCACUCUUACAUCCCUCCGUUCAACUGAAAUCCUUGCCAUCCGUGCUGCAGAAUCAGGUGAUAUAAACAAAGCCCUUCAGCUACUCACCUCAGCCAUCGAUUCCACUCCGACAUACUGCUCAGCAUACAAUAAUAGAGCACAAGUUCAUCGUAUGACUGUGUCUCUUCAAGAUGAAGUAGAAAUGGAUAAUUUGUUCUCUCAGAACGAAGAGAUCAGAGAGAAAGUUCUAAAGGCAUACAAGGACCUUACUACUGCUAUUUCGCUUGCUACUCCAAGGACAGCAACUGAACCUAUCUCUCCACAAACCGCAAAAAUGUUAGCAAAUGCUCACACCCAGCGUGCUACUAUCCUACAUACCACAUCAAAGCAUUUUGCCGAACGGCCUAAGAACUUAGAAAUCCCCAGGGAAUUAGAAUACCUCGGAAAUGACCUUGGAGCCUGGGAGGAGGCUGCGUCGAGAGAUUUUUUCUGGGGCGGGAGAUAUGGCAAUGAACUUGCAAAGGCAAUGGCCGUACACACAAACCCUUAUGCUAAGCUUUGUGGGAGCAUUGUUAAGGAGGCUAUGAAGAAGGAAAUCGGAGAGGCCUUCUAA